CACACACCUGUGCCCCAGCACCCUAGAACAUGGCUGCAGGUGUGAUCCGGCUGCUCUGUGACUUCCGCCCGCCUCUGUCAUCCCUGGGGCCCUUCCUGCCCUCUGACCCUGAGCCCCCAGACACUUCAGAGGAGGAGGAAGAGGCAGAGGAAGAAGAGGAGGACGAAGAAGAGCUGCAGGGCCGAAGCCCAAGCCCCCCUAGUGCAGGGGGGGUGGCCUUGGGUCCCAGCCGCCCCGAGACGCCUCUACAGCUGCUGCGCUUUUCCGAGGUCAUCAGUGGUGACAUCCAGCGCUACUUUGGCCGAAAGGACAGGGGGCAGGAUGCUGACACCUGCGAUGCCGACAGCUCGGCCUGGGAGCUGGCCUGUGUGGACCCAGGGCGCCACACUCAAGCCAGGGCCUCGGAAGACAAAGCCUCAGAGCCUCAGGGCCCCUCCCCAGGGAGCUCCGAGGGGCAGGUGCUGGGACCGAGGCUAUGUGGGGUCAGGGCUCAGUCUCUGGGGCCCCUGGCAGAGCUCUUCGACUAUGGGCUGCAGUGCUGUUCAGGGCCUGGGGCAGCCAGCAGCCGGCUGACGCUGGAACACAAGUAUGGUCACAUCACCCCCAUGGCGCAGAGGAAGCUGCCCGCCUCCUUCUGGAGGGAGCCAGCACCGAGCCCCCUGGGCCUGCUCCACCCUGGUGCACCGGACUUCAGUGACCUGCUGGCCAGCUGGUCCUCCGAGGCUGGCCCCGAGCUGCCAGGCGGGGGGUCCCAGGCCCCAGAGGAAGCACCUCUGGCUGAGGCCUAG